AUGUUGAAGCUCACAAGGACAAUCUUAAGCCCUUCAGAUCCAAAUACCCAGCACAUGAUUCGAGGAGCCAUAGGAAGCGCCCGUAAGACAGAACGUCUACGCAAGGAUGUCUAUCGACUUUUCAACAUCCAUGCUGCUUGCAAAGCACAAGAAACUCAAGAUUCUCAACCAAGAAAAACCUCCACCAUUUCUAGCAUCUUGGAAAAUGCACCAUCGAACACAUUCCUUGAUCUGCUUCCGAGAAAUCUUCUGAAACCGACCAUAAUUGAAACUGGAGAUGCUAGCAAAGAAGUCAAAGACAAGAUAAAUGAUCUCCUAAAGCGUGGUCAAUACAAUCUCGUCUUGAACGCCUUGAUCUCUUGGAGUGAAGCCCACACAGCCGACGAGUUCCAAGAACUCUUGAGCCCACGUGAGUUCUCCUAUGUGAUGGAGAAGCUUGUAAAUAGACAGGCGUGGGUCUAUCGUGCUAUGGGAACAGAAAAUGUCAUUAAAGACGACUACUCUCCAUUAACACCAUUGGCAUUAGAGGCCAAAGACUUCAGAAACGGUAUAAGACGAAUCUACUCCAACCUCCUCUUUGGGGGCGAUAAGUCACAGCACAUCUAUCACAAGGACAAGCGAGGUUCCUUGGGUGACGUCCAUUACGACUUGACAGUGCGAGACUUCGAAAACUUGAUUCAGCUCGAGCUGCAAAACUGUAAGAUGGAUUUGGCAUCCAAGUGGUAUCAAAGAUUUGAACAGAAGUAUCCAGACAAUGGGCACUAUCUGAGAAUGUCCUACAACUUGUGGCUUCUUAGGUUCUACGUCUACGGUAACGCAGAGUCGAGAAACUGGAAGGUGGACGGAACGUUGACCAACAGAGGACGCAGAGAUAGAAAGAGAUCGAUGUUCUUGUCUCAUGCCCACUGGCUCGAACUUUUCAAUGAGUUCGCCAAGAAUCAGCAUCUUAUGCUGGGAAACUCGCAGUUUUCAUUCGAGAAGUCUUCAAUACUCGCUGUAAUGGGUGCGAUGUCACAUUCUAAGGACAAGGCCCAGAUUUGUAAAUUCAUAGAAGGAGUUUGGGGUAUUGAUGGCAAAGGCCGCUUACAGAAGAAGAUUCCCCAAGACGACCCUCGUUAUCCUGACGUUGAUAUAUUGUCUACAAUUGUCGUGUCUUUGAUUUACAACGACCAAACAGUAAAGGCAAUGGUUUACUUGAAUGCUUUCCAAGAACAUUACAAUAUUGAAUUGGGCAAGGAUUCAAAGCAGCUAUGGGAUAUGGUGUUCGACUGGGCCGAAUUCCUCACCAGGUUUUCUGAGGAACGUUCUCUCCAAUUCUUCCUCAGAAAUACCGACACCAAGGUCGGAGGCAAACUUAACCCAAGUUUAUCAAAAGCAAAGUCCUCUCCCAAUUUUGAUUACGAGGGCUUUUUGACUUUCCUUGCCGAUUUGCAAAAUCAUAGAACAAGGCUCAUGGACGAGCUCUGGACUUGCUAUAAAGAAAGCGGUUCAGUUUUGUCUACCAGAGCUUAUUUGUCUCGUUUUCUUGUACUUCGUGAUGCUAAAGACGAAAAUGGGUUGUUCGAGUUUCUCAAGGAGAUCACAUUGGAAUUGCGUUUUCAGCUGUUGCCAGAGGAUGCUUUUAAUCAUAAAAUGCUGAUUAAUUCGUCCAAACGUCUUCGGGUGUUGUAUGAACGGGCAGUCAGGACUUUGAUCGAUUUCAAGGGAGAGGCCGGUGAACUCGAGCUUAUCGAGGUUGUGGUUCGCAAGUGGGCUAUUGAUGCAGAAAUGAAGACAUCAUUAGAGAAUUAUGCACUGGAGAACUUCUCGAGGUUUGAAGCUAAGCGGAAGGAAAGAGAAGAGAGCAAGUUGAUGAAGGAGCAAGAAGAAGAGGAUGAAAAAUUUUUGGGCCUCAUGGUAUAG